GAGAAAAUGAUCAAUCUAAUUAAAUCAAACUAUUGCAUUUAUGAACAAGAUUACUCCACUAAUGAAUCCCUGUACCAAGUCAUUGAAGAUGUCCUUAACUUGUAUAUUCCAAUAUUUCUGGCGUUUAGUGGGAUUCUUAGCAACCUCAUAAAUAUGUUAAUUUUUUGGAAGUUAGGAGUUAAGGACAGUAUGA